AUGAACAAGCUCAGUGCCUUCCGCAACAUUCCUCGCACCUUGACAAGAGGUUAUGCUACUGAAGUAAAGCCCAAUAUUAAAUUGUUAAAGGAGCUUCGUAAGGAAACCGAGGUUUCCAUGACCAAGGCAAAGGAGGCCCUUGUCAAGACCAACAACGACUAUGCAAAGGCAUUGGCUUGGCUAUCCGAAGAUGCUCAAGCCUCUGGUGCCAAAAAGGCACAAAAAGUUGCUGGUAGAACAGCUAGUGAAGGUUUGAUCACCACUGCAUCCGUUGAAGUCCCUGUUGUCAAUGGCAUCAAAAGCAAGAGCACUAUCAUUGAGUUGAAUUGCGAAACUGAUUUCGUCUCUAGAAAUGAUGUUUUCAAGAAUCUCGCCUCCAGAAUUGCUGCAACAUCCUUAUUAAUGCAUGAUGGACCUGUUACUGGAAAUGCCCGUGCGAUUGAAUCUAUCCCUGUUGACACUCUUCUCAAUGCACCACUCAUGCCUCAUCCUACCGACAAUACAACCAACAACCUUGGAAAGACAGUUCAAGAAACCAUUGUGGAGACCAUCGGUAAGCUUGGUGAGAACAUUUCUUUGCGUCGUGCUGCUAUUGUAGCUCAAGGCGCCUCUGCUUGUUACAUUCAUGGCGGAGAUGCUUCAAGUGGCAAGAUGGGUGGUAUUGCUGUUCUCCAACCCAAGAAGGUCAAGUUAAUAGAACUUGACGAAACCGCUGCUGCAACAUUAGCAAAGACUGCACGUCAGAUUGCUCGCCAAGUCGUUGGCUUCAAUCCUACCUAUCUUAACUCUGAGGAUGUACCAGAAGCUGAACGUCAAUCACAAUCUAAUCUGGAAGAGUUUGAAGAAGCACACGUUUUGAACAAGCAAAAGUAUCUCUUGAAGCCAGAGCUAACUAUCGCUGAAUAUGUGCAACAAACUGCUGAUGCUGAGGUUGUUGAUUUCAUUCGCUGGCAAGUGGGCGAAGGUAUUGAGAAGAAGGAAUCUGAUUUCGCUGAUGAGGUUCUUAGCGCUGCUCGUGGUGGUAAUUAA